AUGACCUCAACGAAUUCCAACGAUCCAACUACUUCUCUCAGUGGACUUAUUUCUUCUCUCCCAGACUUUUGGCAACAUGCGCCAGAGCUUAAUUUUUUCCGUAUUGAGGCGACUUUUCACUCUGCCAAGAUAACACGUGAAACCGACAAGUUUUAUAAGCUGGUCGAGGCCCUCCCUCCCACCAUUCUUUCUCAAGUGCAGACGCUUCUGAGAGAUCCCCCGACUGAUGCUCCCUACACCAAGUUAAAGGCUGAACUUCUUCGCCUGACAUCAGUCUCCGAUCGGCAGCGUUAUCACGCGCUAGUAAAAGAGGAGGCCUUAGGUGAUCGCAAGCCGUCGGAACUCUUGCGUCGUAUGCGUUCUCUGGUUGGGAACAUGAAAAUCGACGACAAAUUCUUUAAAGAGAUGUUCUUAGAACGUCUGCCGACGUCGGUACAAACAAUCUUGGCCUCUGGCUCCGACGACCUAGAAAUAUCAAAGUUAGCGGAGAUGGCUGACCGUAUAAUGGAGGUUGAGCGUUUGUCAUCCCCGACGAUUGCUCAGGUGUCCCAGCCUCUCAACGUGUCCACCUCUGACCUGGCUGAACUAAAGACACAGAUUGCCCAGUUGUCAGCGACUGUUGCCGCUUUGCAGCUGCGCCGAUCCCCCGGUCCCUCUCGACGUCCCUUCGGCCGUGACCGUCGUCGUUCCCGCUCUCGCCCCAGGACCGCCAACCUAUGUUGGUAUCAUGUCAACUAUGGCGACAAUGCGCGGCGCUGUGUCCCACCCUGCUCCUUUAAGUCCACGCAGGGAAACUCCUCGGCCGGAGAGUAAAUGCGGCCGAGCUCUCUGUCAACUCUACGGGUCGCACAUUUUACGUGAGUGAUAACACGAGUGGCAGGCAUUUUUAGUCGACACUGGCACUCAAAUUAGUGUUAUCCCUCCCACGCCAGCCGACCGACUUUGCCCAAACCAUGGUCUUUACCUUCAAGCCGUAAACUCAUCUCCCUUUACAACCUUUGGAUUUCGAUCCCUCUCUCUGGAUAUUGGUCUCCGGCGAUUAUUCCUUUGGAUAUUUGUGGUUGCUGAUGUUCCCACCGCUAUCCUUGGUGCUGAUUUUUUGGCCGCCUUUGACCUUCUGGUGGAUUGCAGGCAACUUCGCCUCCAUGAUCGCGCAACUACCCUCACUGUCAAAGGAUUUCCUCCAUCCUCAGCUUCUAACCAGCUCUCCGUCCUUGACCCAAACCCUGACUGUCCAUUUCGUAGACUUUUAGCAAAAUAUCCUACCCUCACUAAACCCCAUUUUUCUGACACCUCACUUCCCCAUGAUAUUGUUCAUCACAUAAAAACGACUGGUCUUCCCGUUUUCUCUCGUCCCCACCGUCUUGCUCCCGCGCGUCUUGCGGCUGCUAAAGCCGAAUUUGACCACAUGCUGCAACUAGGGAUUAUUCGACAGUCUGACAGUCCCUGGGCAUCUCCUUUGCACAUGGUUCCUAAACCAAAUACGGAUGAUUGGCGUCCUUGUGGCGAUUAUAGAGCCCUAAACAAUAUCACUAUGCCCGAUUGGUACCCCGUUCCUCAUCUUCAGGACUUUGCUGGAGCCCUUUACGGCAAAACCGUUUUCUCGAAGAUCGAUUUGGUGCGGGCUUUUCAUCAAAUUCCGAUUGCGGCUCAGGACAUUCCCAAAACGGUAAUGACGACUCCUUUUGGCUUGUUUAAGUUCCUUCGUAUGUCAUUUGGUCUCCGAAAUGCCUCAUAGACUUUCCAACGUUUCAUUGACCGUGUUUUACGCGGCCUUCCAUUUGUUUAUGUGUAUAUUGAUGAUGUUCUCGUCGCCCGUCGAGAUGUCGAGGAACAUCUCCAACACCUUACCCUGCUUUUUGACCGAUUUCAGCAGUUUGGUGUCACCCUGUACCCUUGCGAAAUGUGUCCUAGGAGCCACUUCUCUUGAGUUCUUAGGUCACCUGAUAGACUCAAACAGCAUUCGGCCUCUUCCCUCAAAGGUUGCCGCCAUUCGGGACUUUCCACCCCCUACCUCGAAGCGUCAGUUGCAACGGUUUCUUGGUAUGGUGAACUUUUAUCGCCGGUUUCUUCCGAACUGUGCGAUACCAUCCUAACUCUGACCAGUCUUCUCUCAGGUUCCAAGCGCACCUUUGAACUUACACCAGCAGCACUCACGUCAUUUGAGCAGGUAAAAGCCCUUCUGGCUGAUGCCACCCUGCUGACUCACUUUCAUGCUGAUGCACCUAUAUCUCUGAUGGUCGAUGCCUCCAAUGUUGCUGUUGGCGCAGUUCUUCAACAAAGUCUGCCGGAUUCUACCGUGCCUUUGGCUUUCUUCUCCAAGAAACUAUCCAAAGCCGAAACCCGCUACAGCACAUUCGGACGUGAACUUCUCGCCGCUUAUCUUGCCCUAAGGCACUUCCGGCAUUUACUCGAAGGUCGAGAGUUCACAAUUUUCACUGAUCAUAAGCCACUAACGUUUGCAAUGCAUUCCCACUCUGACAAGCUAACCCCCCGGGAGAUCCGUCACCUGGACUACAUUUCGCAGUUCACUCCAGACAUCCGCCAUAUUGACGGAUCACGGAAUGAGUUGGCUGACGCACUCUUCAGGCCCUCUAUUGCUCAUCUUCAGCUUUCACCCGGGAUAGACUUUGCUGAGAUGGCCGCUGAACAACGCCGUGUCGGUCCACCCUGUGAUGAGGAUGUUUCCGGACUCCAACUUCAGGAACUACCACUGACAACUGGCAACGGCACCAUUUUAUGCGACGUAUCCACCACAUCCCACCGUCCAUUUGUGCCACCAUCCCUCCGCCGUAAAGUUUUCUCCUCCUUGCACAAUCUCUCUCACCCUGGGAGUCGAGCAACCGACAAGCUGGUUUCCGACCGCUUCGUCUGGCCUGGGAUGCACAAAGACCUGAAAGCAUGGACACGAGCUUGUAUCCCCUGUCAACGGAGUAAGAUCCAGCGGCACAACAAGGCCCCCAUUGGCACCUUCCCCAGUCCUGGUUCAAGGUUCAGCCACGUUCACCUGGACAUUGUAGGCCCCCUGCCUCUGUCCAAUGGUUGUUCCUAUCUCCUCACCUGUGUGGAUCGGUUCACUCGGUGGCCUGAAGCAAUUUUCCUACCUUCUGCUUCCCCCAUGCAGCCUCUAUUCCACCGUCCACAGCUUAUUUUCCCUCUGCCCUCCUGUCCGCCAUCUCCGACUGCCACCACCAACUCCAACACUUCCGCCACCAGAUUUAUUCACUCUUCUACGGACCCUGUAUAUAUCAAUCGCAGUGGUCGUCAUGUACACUUUCCUGAUCGGUUGGUCACGCAUUUCUUUUAGACCUGUACACAUCCUUCGGCGUCGUUUUCGCCGGCCUCCGGUCUCGGAGGGGGGUACUGUGCCGAGGCGCCAGACUAUCUUGCCUUUCCCUUUCUGUUCCUCAUUCUUGAACUUACUGGUUGUUUAACUGAAUGGAAGGAACACAACGCUACGCUACGCGCUUGGCAUGAGUUGGAUUGUCAGGUCGUUUGACUUUUGAUUGUUAAUUCUCUCAUAACUCUGGUCUUAUCCUGAUCUUCAUAGUCUGGGAUUGACGGUUAUGUCUUUAGCGUUUGCUACUGAUACACUAGACAGGGAAGAUCAAACACGCAGCAGCAGUUUGAAGGAAUGUUUUUUGCUCUGGGAUCGUGUCUCAUUCGACUGGACACGAUUACGCAUUAACUUUAAACACAUCGGAUUUCUCAUGAGGAACUACGGCCACAUAGGCCGCCAGCCGCUUAAGUCAUGAAUUUCAAGACCGCAGUCGACCAACAGGCGCAAUAAAUAGAACUCUCGUACCAACAAUAGCGUGUCCCUACACUCAUGAAAAGGUUUAAUGCCAAGAUAUCUAGCAUGUCAGCUCGAGUACUUGUUACCUGGUUCCCGUCUGAUAUAAAGUGCCAGAAUAAGCGACUGAUAAUGAGCUUAGGCAAGAUUAGUAAUUUCCUAACUUCUUCUAUCAAAAUAGUUAUCCAGAUAAGUAUCGAUAUUACAAUGGAAAUCGCCAAUCACGCUCCAAGUACCUUAUGUGACUUCUUGCUCUGUGACUCUUUUCUGAGCGCUAAAUGAGUUUCCAGCCGUAUAUCGACACUGUGUUUUGCCCACAAAGUGUGGUUUAUCUAGCUCUUACAAAUCCCCUACGCUAGCAAGUGUUGAGGAUCCAAGCGUAAAAGGCGACCUUAAGUGGUACAGAUUGUGUUUUUGCGCGUAGAUUCGUUUGUUAGCAUUUUGCCCAGAAUUGGUCCAGCAUCCGUUAGCGGGAAUACCCUCGGGAGAUUCACAGGCGAAUUGUAAAUCGACAUCAACAAACGGAUUGCCCGGCAAAUGAUUGCUUCUUCUUUGGUGAGUAUAAAACAGCAGUGUCAUAGUUUCUAAUCAAUAAAAAUAACCUCCAACGCACGACAUAUACAUCAGACCGAAAGGUCUAUACAAAUCCAAGAGAAACAAAACGCUCGCACUAUCAUAAAACAGAAGACUAUAUCUUAAAUUUUUGAUAAAGGUUCGAAGGCGGAAAAAAUGAGAACGCUAGGAGCGAUCGAAUAUGCAUCCGCUAGACAAUUCGAAAGACAAAUACACACCCACGACAUGGAAGUUGCCCGCUGUCCACGACGUCAGGCACUCCUGUGUGAAUUAUAUUCUCCAAUUCUGAGCAUCGCAUGUAAAUGUGUUCAUCAAAAACGCAAUUGGCUCAAGAAAUCUUUCGAAUAAUCUAUCCCCUACACACAAGCAUAAACCCAAACAUUCGAUAGAAGAGAAAGCACGAGUCACAGGAAACAGUAUAGGAGAGGGCUUUGUGACAGCUAUGACAAGAAUUUAAUUUCCCUGACGCGUCGAAUUCGCUCUCGUAAUGCGACAAGGGAUUCAUCAACGUGCGUUUACAGAUGCAAAUUUCAUACAUGCUGCAAAGAACUCUGGCCCCUUUUCUCGGAAUCGUCUCCUUUUUCUAAUAAAUCAUGCGUACCCAAUCCGGGUCUUGCAGUCUGUUUAUUGCUCAACAGAGUAAAGCGUUAAAAGUGCGACCUACGACACGGAGGCAGGACAAAGGUAGGGUACGCGUCAUCGGGACUGCGCACUCAUAACAAAUGCUACACAUGGGUAACUGUGAAACACCUAGGCGCAAGCUCCCGCCGGGCCACCCAUCAUCGAUCGGUCUCAUCACCAGACGACUGGCUAGGUCGGCCAGAGGACGGAUGUCUGGGAGGGAGGAACAGUGGACAAGGUCCACUCUGUAAACACCGACCCCACGACACCCAGCGUAUAUUCCAUUCUAUGAAAAAGCUGACACGUUUCUAAACUGUUACGAUGCGUUAAAAUUCGUGUCUCGAAAGACACCCAAGUGACAGGAGAACUUGUCCCCUUUUCAGGAUGGAUAGUCAGGCUGUAAUACUGUAGGUGGGCUAACUCAUGAACUGUCAACCGAAAUUCCGAAAUGCGCUUUUGUUUCGAAAAGAUGAAUUACGUAAGGCUGUAAGACUAAUCAUUGUGCAGCAUAAAUCUACAAUAAUUCAGUUACCACAGGAUGUCGGCUUUCGAGAUGAACUUCCUUCCGUCUGCAUGCAAAAACUAUACUCUGCAAAAAAUGAUUGCUUAAUUAGCAUGAAUUUUUCUCAUUGAUUUUCGAUGCCCCUAAAAGUCCAAUUGUAUUUCAUGGAGAUCAUGCAUAAAUGUAUUCAUUCCUUUGUUCAUUCGGCAGACAAUUUCGAUUUCUUUUAAUUUUAUACUCGAAGGAAGGGUGCAAUUCGGUCGUAAAAUGUUUCUAAUUGUGGAACUUUUAAAAACCGUAAAAUGACCGUUCAUAAAUCGUCAUAUCUGUGCCUUUCCCAAUGUAAAGUUAGAAUACAGACAAAAUCAACGGCUUAAUUUUAUGAACGCUAUAUGGUCCCCUUUAUUACCGCAGAGAAAUGUGCGGUUUUCCGUACACGGAAAAUAUACGGCUUGUAGUUUGGAAACCCUGAAUUCAAGUGUGACGGUAGAGCGCGUUCAAAAUUAUUCGGGAAUUGGAAACGUUUUGAAAAUCGAAUUAUGUCCCUUCUUCAGGUAUAAACUUAGAAUAAGGCGCACUAGUCUACCGAUUGAGCAAAAGAAUGAAUAUUUUUAUUCAUGUUUUCCAUGAAAUAUAAAUGGACUUUUCGGGGCAUCGAAAAUCAAUGAGAAAAUAGCGUGCUACUCACGUAGUCAUUUUUUACAAAGUGUAAUUUUUGUAUGAAGCCAAAUGGAAAUUCACUCGAAAGCUGGCAUCCCGAGGUAACUGAAAUAUUAUGGAAUUAUGUUGCAGACUGACUAGUUUUACAACCCUACUUAAUUAAUCUUUUCAAAGCAAACACGCAUUUCGGAAUUUCCCUUGACAUUUCAUGAGUUAGCCCACCUAGUGUAGCUCCAUUUUAACGUGGCCUUUAUGACACUCCAGACUCACUUGGAAUCCGGGCACCUUUUUUGCUCUCUGUAUAAAAGCUUGAACCGUUCCGCGCAGAACCGGCUUGUGUAGCAUGCGCGGGCGGACGCAGUGGAUUUACUGGCCAGUGCGCAAAAUUACGCCUUCGAUCUGGACUUUGGUAUGAGACUGGGUCUUGUAGUACGAGAAGGGGAGAGUGAGGUUGAUGUAGCACAAACUCACUAUCACUACACAUUAUUUCUCGCUCAAGUCAUCGUACCUGCACCCAUCUUGUUGUGCGCACAUACCAGACAUGGACAAUAAUGACGGUCCAACCGCCAGUGAGUCAAAUUUCCUAUACUAAGCUGCAAGAAAUUACGAAGUCACGCAUUUAAACCCUAGUUUUGAGUCAACCCCCUGACCGGCAAAUGCAUGCUGGGAGUGCGUUGCUAGAUUUCUGAUGUCAAGUCUGUCUAGUACGCAAGUCUAAUAACUUUCCUGAAAAUAUGACCGACACGUAAGUUGGUAAACUGCUCUUGACGAUGAGACACCAAAAAAUAAUUGUGACAAAGACGUAGUUAGCAAAGUUCGUUUUGUCACCGGUAAGGAACAAUUCACGUCAUUGUAAUUAAUGCAUAUGUGAAGAAUGAAAAAAUACUGAAAAUUAGUGAAAUGACAUGAAGGGUCGUAAUAAGUGUUCAUAGGUGUUCCUAAAAGCGUGUUUUUUGCAAUUUUGUCAUUUCUCAGGAUAUUUUUUCUUGGAACGUGCGCUGCUGAGUUUAAUCACACGCAUGCACGACCAGAUGCGCCAUUUCACAGUGUAAAUCCUUUUGAUAUGCAAAUCAACAAAUAGAUGAACGAUUCACAUUCAAGACCGUGCUCAAUCUUUAAAGUUGCUUUUUCAAGUAAACAUUGGAAUAUGCCGUUCAGACGUUGAUGUAGGAGCAUGUCCUGAAAAGCGCACGCAUUUUCACGGCACGUAGAGGAGCUAACGCUCUUGCCACGAAUGAAAGUCCAAAGUAAUGUGCGUCUUUGUCGUACCAAAAACCACAUUUGGUGCCGGAGACUUAGGUGGACAGUUGGCCAUAGACAGUCGGAUUUGGAAACGGACACGGCAGAACUUGUAGCUGGACCACUGCUACAUAUAACCUCACUCUUGAGAGUAACUUCUAGCUGUUGUAUUUGAGCCUUUUUGCUGUUAGCGGGGUGUGUAGCUCUUCCUCUAUGCUAUCGCAAAAGGACAGCCUCCUUAGUCGGCUGUGAGCCUUUUGAAGUAAAAGAGUUGGAUAACAGGACCCUAACGACAGCUGUUUCUUGUAGAUUGUUAACAAAGUACAGCUUCUCUGUCGGUUGCAUGCCUUUUGAAGUGGAAGACUUUGAUAAAAGGAGCUCCAUUUGAUCUUAACGGCAGCUGUUUCCUGUCGACUGAUAACAUUAGCAGGCGGCAUCAAAUUUAUUUGUGUACUGCGCAACCGUGGUUAGUAAAGAACAUUUUUAGUAAUUUUAUUAUUUGUACAUAGCUUAAACCUUUAUUUUUACAUCGGUUAACAGCAGGACGAGAGAAAUGAGUGAAGUACUCUGGGUUGAUGAGGCUGCUUUCUGGGCGGGAGGGUAGGAGGGGGGGGGGAGGGGAAUCUGUGGUAUUUCAGGUUGCACCGUUCGCAACUCCUUUGCUCACUUUGGGGUGAACAGGUAGCGAGCAGACGGAAGCCCUCCAAAGUCCUCUAUAUGGAUGCGAACUACGAGUGGGCAAAUUACGCGUGAAAAACCUUGUGGACGAAAAUUUUCCAGUUUUAAGCAAUAUGCAAAUUAGGUAUUGCGAGGAUGUUUACCAGAAUUAAUUUCAGGCACUUGAUUGAAACCAUCCUAGACAAAAAAUUGCUCUCUCCCUGCUAACAAAACGUGCUUUUGGUCACCGAAAAUUUUCGUCAGAAGGGGUGUUCUUAGAUGAUUAAAUUUUACACGUUGCGUGGCUUUUGUUCAGUUUUGGCACUAAUAAGGUUUUCUGGCGACGCUCUAUAUGGAAAUUUAUUUUGACACAGUAUGCGAAAAAUAACUAUAAAAAUGUCAUUGAUUCACGGAGCGCUGUGAACUCUGGACAGAAUUCUCGGAGAACUGGUUCGCUGAUAUCCGUUUAUGCUGGUUAGGAGACUGCGUAUAUAUUCAAACCAAGCACGCAACUGUCAAGUACACCUUCAUCCAGGUUUUAUCGGACCCGAAGGAAUUAUAAUGUUGCCUUUACGGAAAAAGGCCAAAUGUCAGAGCAAAACCGCAAACACACACGGAUGCAAACAAGAAAGGAAUUGCGACUAUUUAAACCCUUAGCUAAACAUAAAUAAUUCCUGAAUUUCGAACAGCUGAGAAAAGUGGUAAAUCACUGUAGUAUCAUGUUCAUUUUCGAUCGUUAAUAACACGUCGUUGUUCAUUCUCUUUGUUGAGCGAGCGGUUUUUAGCUAUUUUAAAUUACCCUGGUGGAAUCACCGACAAUAUUUAUAGAUUUGAAUUUGGGUCUUAAUGAUUUCCAAGUUUAUUACACACAUCAGAAUAAAUACCAGAUUGUUCGGUUCAGAUAAAUCGCCAGUUAAUAUAAAAUGCAGUUGCGUUCAUAGUAACACUUUUCGCUUUAAAGCCAUUUUCCAUUACGAGUGUAAUGAAAUAUGUGCGUUUCGCUGUGAACCAAAUAGACCGCAUCGUUAACCUGAACAUAAUAGAGGACGCUAAUGAGAAUGUUUUACUUUCAUUUUCAGUUUCUGACCAUAAUAUACCUCUGAAGUCUCACUUGUACGUUCCAAACCGGCCAAUUAAAAGGACUCAACUUUGUAUCUUCGCUACUCCUGUUCAUCAAUUAAUUGUCAAUUUAUAUAUUUAAAAAGACGCUUUUACUGCAAACUGAUAUUUUAUUUGCCAAAAUUUUCUAUGAGUAUAAAAGGCAGUCUUUUUAUAUUAGUCGACGGACGGGCAGUUAUGUUAUUUAUCCAAUAAAUUGUUCCAAACUUCCCAUUUUAAGACGCGAUUGAAUGUAAUUUAUGUUUUUCAGCUUAAAACAUGGUUCAGAGUGACAGGCUCUUUGCUUUUAGAUUUUUGAUCACUGCAUCAUGAGAUUAGCGGCCCGAAGCCAUAAUUGAUCUGGCGAUAUAAGUACUUAUUUUGGAACAAAUGACAGAAUGUACUCAUAAAUGGGUUUUUUGGCAAAUAUUCUAUUAAAUGUUUACUUACGUACCAAAUGUUUGCCGAAACUAUACAGGCAACUUAUUUCAUGCGGUAAAAGUCUCCGGUUUCUUCAUAUUUGCCGGUACUUUCUGCCUGCGGUUAGACUAGCGAUAUUUCCCAAAAUUCGUGUCAAUCUUCGCAUGCUGCAAAAUAGUGAUCUCGCGUCGAAAACGGAAGCUGUGUUCCAGAACCUUCCGGAAAAUUUGGAAAUUCCUUAUCAUUAGAUGUAUCAUCAAUGUUUACUAACGUACCUCUGUAAUAAACAAUAAUCUACCUCUGUGACGUUGUCCGCUAUGCCGCUGACGCUUUGCACACAAAAUGUUCAGUCUCUCUUUAAUGGUCUCCUAUGCAGACAAAUAGACGGCGUAUCGAUGGGUUCACCGUUUGUCCCAUUCCUCGGAAAAAAUGUCUUCAUGAGCAAAGUCGAGAAUACAAGGUUGUAAGAUACGAUUAAUAACUUCGACUUCUACGGUCGGUACGUGGAUGAUAUUUUCUGCCUGUCGAUAUUGCCACCAAUAACGACGUCCUGGUGCAAAAGUUUAGUAGUGCACACAACUCGAUAAAGUUCUCUGCAGAGGCUGAGGCAGACAACAAAAUCGCUUUUUUCGAUGCCCUUCUGCAGAGACAAGCGGACUGACCUAUCCGGCGUAGGGUAUUCCGAAAGAAAAUCUUGGCAGAACAGUACAUUAAUUUCCACAGUUUUGUUUCCCUAAAUAUUAAACGUAAAUCGACUUAGGAGUUGGCUGCUAGAGUGCGGCGUAUCUGCUCCCCUGAGACUGCUGAAGCAGAACUCCAGCAGCUGCGGGAUAUACUCCGCGAAAACGGAAACCCAGAUAGAUUUAUCCUCCGAAGCAUAGGGGAACGCACCGCAAAGCCCACCAUGACAACCGAAGAAAAGAAAGACUUAUUUCUAAGUUUGCCUUUUCAAGGGAAUGCAGCAAGGGACUCAGUAAGAAGAAGUCUGAAGACAGCGAUCAGUAGCGCUCUCCCGGCGGCGAUUUUACGUGUGUUUCACGGACUCUCCCGUCCUAUGCUUGGGAGGCAAAGACUGACUAUCAUUAAGGUUAUAUAAGCGUUUUUACUCAUACACUUGCUCCGGUGAGACGGGAUAUAUUGGCUGUACAACUAGACGCCAGGAAAAGAGAGUACGUGAAAACAUACUGGCCUGGCUGGGCAGAGGCAAAAACAGAUCCAUUUCGAGUUCUGUUCUCGCACAUCGCGUCUAUACGAAUCACCGAGUAGACGCCAAAUAAGCCUUUCAGGUUGUCUACAGGACACCAUCAUACUUCCCCAGAUGCCUGCAAUGGCAAUGGCUAUACGGCUAGCAAAUCCAGUGCUGUGUUGCCAGAAGACGUUGACAGAGGCGAUGUGCCUUCCAAGGCCAACGUCAACCGCAGAUGAUCAUUGAGUGCCGCCCUAACCCACUGAUGCCACUGAUGUGAGCUUAACGUACCCGACUCACAAACGUCACGCACAGCCUAUGUCACCCUCCCCCUCCACCUUGCCCCAAGGAACAUAACACGUCGACCUCGUUAUGCGGGUGGUGUGGAAACGAUGGGCGUUAUUAGCCCUGAGUCACUUAUAAACUCUGUAAACUUCUUAUAUUUUAAAUUCAUAUAUAGCUGCAUUGGUCUGAUGAUGAUGUACCGAAAACAAAUGUUUGCCAAAUUUGCCUUUCAAGUGUAACCUGGAAAUAUUAACAGAACCCAAGACCAUGUGUUUUGCGGUUAUUUUCAUCUAUCUUAAGACCUUAUAAACCUUCCCACAAUCUUAUAAACAUUUUUCUCACACAGGUAUACAGCACUGAACCUCGAUAUGCGCAAAGAAUGAGGGUCCAGACAUUGUUUCUCGUUCAGCAUCCCCCGAAGACGUCGCUGAAGAAGAAAGGACGAAUUCAUGGACCAUAUUGUGUUUGAACUGACGUUCCGAAUACUUACUCGUUUCCAUCAUCCGGGUUGUGUGCUUGCUGUUCCUGUCGGUCUUGAUUUGUUCAGUCUUGCCGCUUACCUCCUAUUUUAGCCGUGCCCGACGCACGAACUUUAACCCGCCUGUUUGCCGCUGACUGGCUUAGGCCUUCCCGGGGCUGACCGCUGAAAGGCUUGCGUGACGUUUGUUGUCUUUGUGGUCGGCGAAGUUGUAGCCAAAUCAAGGUGUCGGUUGGCCUUUCUCACGUCAGCCGGUGGAAUGGUCGGCCGUUGCUGUUCAUGUGAGCAGCAUUGGGCUUCGCGGGCGCAUCGGUGAGACAGUGUUCGGCGUUGAUCACAUGACCUCUGGCCCACAACUCCGUUCUUUUCCGUGAGCGUUGACUCUCGGUCCCGUGCGCUUGCUUGCCUUACUGGUCCUGUCCGGAUCGACCCGAGUCUUGUUCACAGCGCCUGGUAGGCGGGAUGUCGAACUAUAGCUCGGUUUGGUGUGCCAAUCGAGAACAAACCUUGGAGCACCUGUCUGGCCAUUUUCUCAUUGGUUCGACCAAUUACCCUCGCUAUCUCAAAGGCGAAAUUGUGGUUCAGUUCACGAAUGUGCCCAUAGACCGAAGACAGCUUGCCCUUCCGGUUGAUUGCAAGUUGGUGUUCGUGCAAUCUUGUACCGAGAAGUUUGCCCGUUUCACCAACAUACCUUCCAUUGCAAUUUAGCCAUGGUAUGCUGUAGACCACCGCCGCCUGUUCUGUUGUUGGAAACGGGUCUUUGAGCUUCAUGAUUUGCUGCCUGAUGGUGCAUUCUGGUUUAAGAGCCACGUCAAUCCCAAAAAGUUUCAGGAUUCUCGACGACGCCUCUGAUACUUUCUUCACAUAGGGUGUUGAGAGCCAGAACUUCGACUUUUCUCCACUGGACUGCUCAAAAUGAGGCUUUUUGAGGCAAUUGCAUAUGAAGGACUUCGGGUAGCCGUUGGCUUUAAAAAGGGCCUGUAAGUAAUUCACCUCCUCCUUCCUCCCACUGUCGUCGCUACAGCUGAACACGUUGAAAGAGAGUUCUGACACAGCUGCGUUUAUGACCAACAGGGUGGUUGCUUCGGAAGUGGAGGAUGCGCCUAGUAUUUGUUACCUUACGGUAAACCGUGGUGCUUAUCUUCCCGUCUGUCAAUUUCGUAACUUACAUCUCCAGGAAGGGCAACUGAUUGUUGACUUCCUCUUCCAUAUAAACUGGAUGUUGGGGAGGAUUGAGUUCAACAAUGCCUCGAAAGCCUUUACCUCGCUCCUCUUGAUUACAACGAACGUGUCGUCGACGUAUCUGGCCCAGAACUUCGGGGACACGAGCUGAAGACCAGCUGCUCGCGCCCCUGCAAAACUGCUUCGGCAAUUAGUCCAGGCAAUAUUGCACCUUUAUUUUCUCCUAGAUUUUAGGUAUAAUUAGUUCAAAUUAGGAUACUUAACCGCGUGCUCUGAUGGCUUUGCUUCCUAGCUGUCAGCCGAGGAGCGCCUAGUAUAUGAAAUCAUCUGGGCAAACCAAGUAUUAAAUCAUGUACCAGAAAAAGAAGUCACGCUGUCCAGAUAACUCGAGUCAGCGAAAAAUUCCGCAAUACAUACAGUAGGUAGGCUAAGUCAUGAAAUGUCAACCGAAAUUGGAAAUGCGUUUUCGUUUAGAAAAGAUUAAUUAAGUAGGGUUGUAAAGUUGAUCGUCGCGCAGCGUAAUUCUAUAUUAAUUCAGUUACCUCAGGAUACCGGCUUUCAAAUGAACUUCUUUCCGGCCGCAUACAAAAACCAUACCAUGCAAAAAGUGACUACUUAGUUAGCAUGCAUUUUUCUCAUUGAUUGUCGAUGCCCUUAAAAAUCCAAUUAUAUGUCACGGAAAACAUGCAUAAAAUAUUCAUUCUUUUGCUCAUUUGGUAGAAAAUUACGUCCUCUUCGAAUUUUAUACUUGAAGAAAGGGUAUAAUACGGUUUUAGAAAAGUUUCUAUUUGUGAGAUUUUUUAAAAAUAGUGAAAUGGCCGUUAGUAAAACGUCAUGUCUCUGCAUUUACUAACGUGGCUUGUAAAGUUAACCAUAUGAUCCAAAUCCACUUUUAAAUUUUAUGGGCCCCAAAUAUUUUCCUCAUAAAACACUAGAGAAAUUUAUGGUUUUCCGUACGCGGAAAAUAUACGGCUUGUAGUUUGGGGACCCUAGAUGCAAAUGUAACGGCAGAUCGGGCUCAAACUUAUGAGGGAAUUGGAAUAGUCUUCGAAAACCAAAUUAUACCCUUUCCUAGAGAAUAAAAUGGGAAGUUGACGUAGUUAUCUACCGAAUGAGCAGAAGAAUAUAUAUUUUUAUUCAUGUUUUCCAUGAAAUUAAAUCAGAUUUUUAAGGGCAUUGAAAAUAAAUGAGAAAAAUGCACGCUAUUUAAGUAGUCACUUUUUUGCAGAGUAUGGUUUUUGUAUGCAGCCAGAGAAAAGUUCGUUCGCCCUGUGGUAACUAAAUCAUUGUAGAACUAUGCUGUAGGAUGAUCAGUUUUACAAACCCACUUAAUUACUCCUUUCGGAACGAAAAUGCAUUUCGUAAUUUCGAUUGACAUUUUGUGAGCUAGCCCACCUACUGCAUUUAAAUAUGCCUAAAUUUAAAAUCUGCAAUGGAACGAAGCGACAAAAGUCUAAACGCGAUUUGGGGAGGUAUUACUGUAAAUCCAAUCCGGUUAGACAAUAUUCAGGUACAUCUCCGUGUAGCCUCAAAAAUCGGACGAACCGGAAGGAAUUAUAAUGUCGCCUUUACGGAAGGAGGUCAAAUGUUUUGGUUCCACCUCCUUCCUCGUUCUCCUCUCCCCGAGAUGAAAUUUUGCGUGCUUGGAUGAGCACUCAGGCAGCAGUCAGUUUUUGGCUGGUUUGCUCCUUGGCCAACACUUUGCACUCGCGUCUUGCCGUAAGCAUAGUGCUCAGUAGCAUUUUACUGCAACACACGUACUGCAAAAAAUGGAAGUUAUUCAAAGUUGUUUUGCGAUUUCCCUUAUGUUACGAUUAACAAUCAAAUUGACAAGCGCAUGGCAAUAAAGCUACUUUGAGGAUGAAAUAGUAUGCUGUAGACAGGGGUUUUAAGCAUCUGCGGGGCUAGCCACACUUCUCAUUUUUAUGCCGCCGGCAUGACGACGUUGGGGUUUUGGGGAGGGAGCGUGAUAGUACGUGUAAGCACGAAAUGCGCAUAACCGUCAUUAGGGAGUUGGGGCGGCGUGUAUUCACCACCUGGAUUCGGCGCUGGCCACGGACGAUAGGGCGCUUGUACCAACGUCUUUUGAUAAAAAGCUCUGAAUUCGUUGACCGAACAGUCACCGCUCAAGCUGUUGCUAGCAAUUGCUCUCUUAGGCCUUUAAAGAAGUUUGCUGGUGCCCGACUGACGACCUGAAAAUCUCCUUUGGCGUCGAUUCGGUUAUUUGCAGCAAUUAGAUGUGCAAGAAUAGGACUCCGAAUCUAUUUACUUUACCUAUGCCUGACCAGGCAGUUAUGGGUUCGCGUAUUCCCCAUCUCGUACGCCUCGAUGCAAUGCCACUGUCAUUCCCUCCACAGAGACACCUAAAUAAGCAAAUACACAUUGAAGUAGCCUGCAUCGAUAUCCGAUCUUCACCGCUCGAGUGUAAGAGGGGAAAGUUGAUGGAGAAUACGCAUAAGGUCACCAAGUGAUAGCUCUCGUUAUAGUUGUCGUUAGGCGUCGCUGGACUAAUUCCCUUGCCAAAUGUCGUAAAUGGCAGUCGAGAAACACGUCCUUUUGCGGAAUUAGGCUUUGUGGUCAGCCUAUCAACUUUCUCCAAGAUAAAUCCCUCUGGAUAACCAUUCUCAUGGAGUGUCUUUUACAGCGCCUGGAACUCUGUUUCAGCAGUUUCAUAUGAGCAAAUCCAAGUGCGCACUUGCCACCAAACCCUGGACAAACUGUUGCCACAUUUAGGGGAGCGAAAAUGCGAUAAUUAAUGUAUCGUCAGGCCAAGGUUUUUCUUCGAAAUACCCUACUUUGGCUAGAUACAUCCUCCUGUCUGCGCAAAAGGACAUCGAAAGACGUGAUUUCGUUAGCUGUCUCAGAAUCUGCAGAAGAUAUUGGCAAAGAUUGGCAAAUUUGAGAGAUUCGGGUUGACUAUUUGAAGAAGAAGAAGAAGAAGAAGAGGAAGAAGAAGAAGAAGAAGAAGGAGAAGAAGAAGAAGAAGAAGAAGAAGAAGAAGAAGAAGAAGAAGAAGAAGAAGAAGAAGAAGAAGAAGAAGAAGAAGAAGAAGAAGAAGAAGAAGAAGAAGAAGAAGAAGAAGAAGAAGAAGAAGAAGAAGAAGAAGAAGAAGAAGAAGAAGAAGAAGAAUAUAGGCUCUCCGGAACAGGUUUAUUUAACUGCUGACGUUUCAAAGAGCUGGGUCAGCUCUUCAUUGUCAAAGCGUAAAAUGCACGUAAUCGAUCGGAAAUUUAAUUAA